AUGAACGACCAAGAAAAAAUAUACAGUUAUGCAUGUUUGAAUUGUGUAACAGAAAAGCAAAUAAAACAAGGGGAUGCCAUUAAAUGUUUAGAUUGUGGAAAUAGGAUUCUAAGAAAGUUAAGAAGUAAGAGUGUUAUACAGCUUGAAGCAAGAUAA